AAAUUGAAGCAAUAUGGCGGACUGACACAACAAUUUUUAAUGCGCGAUAUAUAGAUUGUUUUAAUUGCCAAGGCACAUUUAUUCAGAUGACAGAUUGUAUUAAGCGUCCAGCAUCAGAGAAACUCGCUGGCAUAUAUCUUGUCUGGCACGAGUGUUGAUCAGUGAUAACUUUAGUUCCGUCAAGUUUAGACUGCUUGGCCUUGGUUGUGGUGGCGGCCCGCGACACCGAAAUUUAUGCCUGUACAGGCUACGAAUAUGAUCCCAAUCGUCCGAUCGCGUUAAUUGACCUCCGUGGCGAUUCUAGUGCCGAUCGCUGCUUUUAAUUUCGCAACGGAAGAUGUCUACACCGAAUAAAGUGCGAGGUCCAGGGCGCCCGCCAAAAUCGAAGAAUACUGCUUGUACGUGGUGUGGAGAGACAAAACAACCGUUGAAGUAUGUUCUUCCCACACAGAACGGCAAGAAAGAAUUCUGCUCAGAGACGUGUCUAUCUGAAUCUCGCAAAACUUACGUACGAGGUGCUUGUAUACAAUGUGAAAAUGUUAUCAGGGGUACACCUUAUAGGUUGGAACAAAAGGAUGGUCCAACAAAGGAUUUCUGUUCUUCAUUCUGUCUGAAUGCAUAUCAGAAAAAAGAGACGCAAUCAGACACAAAAAAAAAUAACAGGGAUCCGUCGUCACCGUCUCCUGCCCCGUCUCCUGCUCCAUCUGGAUUACCAAGCAAUAAUAAUGUCCCAUCUACAACACAAUCUUAUAUAAAUACAAAUAACCAUACAACUGUAUCUCAUUCACCAUCAACAUCUACUGGACCAUUUCAAUAUGAAACUUAUCAAACUUUUGACUGGGAUCUUUAUUUAAAGGAAACAAAUAGUACAGCAGCGCCAGUCGAAUGCUUUAAACAGCAUGAAAAUCCACCAAUAAAUGAAUUUAAAAUCAAUAUGAAAUUAGAAGCACUAGAUCCAAGAAACUUGACGUCAACUUGUAUUGCUACAGUAGUAGGUGUUCUUGGACCACGAUUGAGAUUAAGAUUAGACGGCUCUGAUAACAAAAAUGAUUUUUGGCGGUUGGUUGAUAGUAAUGAGAUACAUCCUAUAGGCCAUUGUGAGAAAUCCGGUGGGAUGCUUCAGCCGCCAUUAGGUUUCCGAAUGAAUGCAUCCAGUUGGCCAAUGUUCCUUCUAAAAACUUUAAAUGGUGCCGAAAUGGCACCAGCAAAAGUAUUCAAGCGCGAACCAAAGACGCCACGCUCUAAUUUAUUUGAAGUCGGGCAUAAGUUAGAAGCAAUUGAUAAGAAGAAUCCUCAACUUAUAUGCACUGCAACCGUUGGCGCAGUUAAGGAUGAUAUGAUACAUAUUACAUUUGAUGGCUGGCGAGGUGCUUUCGACUAUUGGUGUCGUUAUGACUCUCGAGAUAUUUUCCCUGCUGGAUGGUGCUUUAAAAGUGGACAUCCAUUGCAGCCACCAAGACAAAAAUCGACUGGUCCUAACAAGUUUAAAUCUAGAGCUACUAGUAAUGUUCUAUUAGUAAUGGCAGUCUCAGGAAGCAAUACUAGCAGAGAACCAGCAGUUGCAUUAGUGAGUCCUGCGGGCUCUAAUGCACCACCACAGCCAGCUACAGAACCUGAUACUAGCACAGCUAAUACAAAGCCGCAUACGCUUGAAAAUGUUACACUUUAUGUCAAUCACAAAUGUUACUGUGGGCCAUAUUUUGAUCUUCGAAAAGUGAAAGCUAUGCCAGCACAGUUUGGUAUGGGUCCUAUGAUAAAUGUUGCAAGAGAUAUCUUUCAAGCAUUUCUAAUGGCUGCCAUGAAUCCUAGACAAAUGUUAAGUUUAUUGAGAAAUGGCGAAGGAGAAACUAUAAAUCUAAGUAUGGGUACUCUGAAAAAACCUGCUGCCGUUAGAUUACCCGUUUUUCUAGAAGAGGAAGACUUUUAUACAUAUAUUAAACAACAACUCGAAGACCUCCGUGCAUGUGAAUACAUGUUAACUAGAAGAAAAGAACCUUGCAACAAAUGUCCUAAUACACCAACUCUGCAGCAAGCACAAUCCACUAAUAAUGAAGAAACGAAUAAUGCAAGUAUUGGAGAUAAACGAAGAUGGUCAUCGGAAAAUCAACAAAAUUUAACAUCUACCCAACAACAACAAGUACAGCAGACUACUGUGCAAAGUACAAAUAAUUCUGUAACAGAAUCUUCUGUUACACCUUCAAAGCAACCUCGCAAGUCUGUCCCUGAAUUAGAAGCAGCGACAUCUACUACUCAAUCUGAAACUUCUGCAAAUCGGGUCCCUUCCACCGAGCCUGGAGAAUGGACCAUUGAAGAUGUGAUACAUUAUAUUGCCAUUACAGAUCCAGCAUUAGGACGAUAUGCGGACUUGUUUAGGAAACAUGAAAUUGACGGCAAGGCUCUACUUCUUCUCAAUAGUGACAUGAUGAUGAAGUAUAUGGGAUUAAAACUCGGGCCAGCACUUAAAAUUUGCAAUUUAGUAAAUCGUAUUAAAGGUAGAAGACAUUUCCUUAUGUGAUUUUCCCAGAUAUAGAUAACAUAACUUGUAUAGUAAUUUGACCAUAUGCAUUUUGUGCAUUUUGACCGAUGGAAGAAAAAUUCAAAUUUCUGUUUUCAAUGAACAUUCAAAACAAAUUAAUAUAUAUAUAGGUUGUUAUAAACUAAUGUGAAUACCUAUUUACAAUUGAUUCUAUUCUCUGAAUUAUAUUCAUAUAUUCAUAAUUUUAAAGGAGUGUAUAAAAUUGGGAAAAUUCAAUCACUCAAUGACAAAUCAAUCGUCAUGAACUUGACAAAUAGUAUGAAGUAAAAUAUAAAGAAAUUUAGCCAAAAUUGGAUGGUUAAAUGAGUAGAUCUUGAUCAAAAACCAGAAAAUCAUUUGGGCCACUCACAAACAACGUUCUUUUACCAAAGUGAGAUUGUAUGAAUGACAAAUGGGCAUUGCCACAUGGUCCACCGGACUUAUUUUUUGAUUUUUGAUCAGAAUUUCACUCAUUUAGCCAUUCGAUUUUGAUUAGGUUUCUUCAUAUUUUAUCUCAUAUUAUGUCUGUCAAAUUUCCUGAUGAUUAUUUUGUACUACAAAAUUUCCUGAUGAUUGUUUUGUACUACAAAAUUUUCUCAAUUUUGCAUAUUUCUUAGAUAAAGUAAAAUCAAAGUUAAGCUCUUUGAAUUUAUCAAGACAUUGUUUUAUUGUAGAAAAGUAUAAAUUUGCAUUAAUUAGUUGUAAACGCAAUUAUUUUUGUUAAUAAAUUUACCAUUGCCCUAUAAGUAUUACAUUAGCCUAACUCAAUAUAUUAAAUAAGGAGUAAUAAGUAUAUUAAAUCUAAUAUAGUUCUUAUAUAUAUGCUCACAAAAAAUAAUGACAUUUCAUAUCUGUACAUAUGUAAUGGUAUACUUUAUUUUGCGGUAUCAAAAUCAUGAAAUACAUAUAUUGUAAACGAGAUAUUUGUUUUGUGAUAUUUUCGAAUAAUUAUUCAUGAUAUCACAUAGAUUAAAAUAUCUUUUUGUAAUAUUUCUAUGGAAUAUACUAUUUUCGUUAAUCUGAUAACAUUACUAUAAAUAUAUUUUUUUGUAUAUGAUGUUCUAACAACUUAAUAAUUUGAAAAGUUCAUAGAAUUAGAUUAAUCCUUUCCAUAAAAUAUAAUUAUAAAUUAUAGACAUUUUUGUUAUAAACGAAUUUAAUGUUAUUUAGAUAUAAUUGUAUGAUCUACAUUCAAAAAAGUUGAUAAUUACAAUAUGUUUUAUAUUAAAUGCUUUUGUAAUAUA